UUACAUAUAACAUUUCAACACCUCUACAGUACCCGAAAAAAGAACCUGGUUUUGCAGAAAUCCUAACUCUGAUUUUUUUAAGCUUGCUUUUUAAUAUAUACACAAAUACAUAUAGAUACACAUAUUACAGAGUGUACUCUUGCAAUCUGCCAAGAUGUCUAGGGUAGCAAAAUACCGACGGCAGGUCAGUGAAGAUCCAGAUAUUGACAACUUAUUAUCCACUUUGUCUCCAGAAGAGAUGGAGGAGCUAGAAAAGGAACUGGAUUCAUCUGAUACUGAUGGAAGCAUUCCGGUUGGCCUCGAGCAGAGAGAUAAACCUGACAAGCAAUUGAGUGGCAAGUACAAUCGAGAGGAAACACUCAGCCACCGUGAAAAGGAGACCAAGAAAUUUAUUCCAAAAGAACAGUCCACAGAUGAAGCAAAGACAACAGAGAAGAAGAAAGAGGCAAAGGUUCUUGAAGACAAACGUAAGGAGCCUUACAGCAGAGAUCUGAAAAAAAGUAGAACUCCCGAUACGAUAAAGGAAGGGAAAAAAGAAGAACAGGUCCAGAAAGCAAAUCAGAAGGGAAAAGAUGAAACAGACAGUAAUAACAAAAUGGGACAAGCCAAAGAGAAAACUGGUAAGGAUGAAAAAAGGUUUUCCAAAGAGAAAGAAAAAUCCAUGGCGGCAGAUAAACGUGUAACAGGCCAAGCGAGAGGGGAAGAAAGGGGCAAAUUGCUAAAGAGCAGGUCAGUAGAUGAUAAAGGAAGAGAAGAGAGGGCAGCAGAACAUAAGGGAAGGACUGGGUGGGACAGAAAGACUGAAGAUAAAAAAGAAUGUGAAAAAAUUGGAGAAAAAAGAUCAGCUUUAAAGCCAGUCUCAAAGAGAGAAGAUAAAAAAGAACCCACCAAAGCAGGAGAAAUAAGUUCAACUACAAAGUCAGGCUCGAAGGUUGACAACAAAGAGAAACCCUUGAAGGAUAGUACAGGAAUUCCAGAGACAAAUGUCCCAAUUUUAGAGCAAGAGGACAUGAUCCAAGAGCCUCCUGAUAGCAGCCCCUCUAAAACUGCAGACAGUUCUUCAAACCAAAGCAAGGAAGAUGAAGCAACCAGCAUCUUUGAUGAACCCUUGGAAAAGAUCAAGAAUAAUGACCCAGAGAUGGUAGAAGUUAACGUCAACAAUUCUGACUGCAUCAACAAUGAGAUCCUGGUACGCUUUGCUGAGGCCUUGGAAUUCAACACGGUGGUCAAAGUCUUUGCCCUGACCAACACACGUGCUGAUGAUCAUGUUGCAUUUGCCAUUGCCAUCAUGCUAAAGUCCAAUAAGACCCUGACAAGCAUAAACCUAGAUUCCAAUCAUAUCACAGGCAAAGGGAUCCUGGCCAUCUUUCGUGCACUGCUUCAGAACAACACUCUGACAGAGCUGCGCUUUCACAAUCAGAGACAUAUUUGUGGAGGGAAGACCGAGAUGGAGAUAGCCAAGUUGCUGAAAGAGAACACCACAUUGCUGAAACUGGGCUACCAUUUUGAUUUAGCUGGGCCACGCAUGACGGUCACAAACCUGCUAAGCAGGAAUAUGGACAAACAGAGACAGAAACGCUUACAAGAGCAGAAACAGGCCCAGGAAAAGAUGGAGAAGAAGGACUUCCUUGAGGUGCCAAAGGCAGGAUGCUUGCCAGCUGGCUCACCAAAGAUUUCUCCAAAACCAUCCCCCAAAACCUCCCCAUGGUCUUCCCCUAAAGCUCCUCCUAAGAAAUCUGGCACCCCAGAUGCUCCUCCUCCCCCACCCCCACCUCUAGCCCCUCCACCUGCUCCUCCCUUGAUUAAUGAAAACUUACGCUUGUCCCUUUCUCCGGCCACUCAGAGGAAGAUGGUGGAGAAAGCACUUCCUCCCCAGGAGAAGAAUUCCAGAGAUCAACUUCUGGCUGCCAUUCGCUCUAGCAACAAGAAGCAGUUGAAAAAGGUGGAGGUUCCCAAGUUACUUCAAUAGUAGGCAGUGGAAUCUUGGACAGUGGAGAUUGCCAAGGCUGAAUCACUGUGUUUGUCUCUCGGGUGACUGUUUACAUGAGAAGAAUGCAACAGAGCAACAGCCCGCCCUGUGUUAGUCCCAGAUGAACCGUGUUCUCUGUGGGAUUAAUUUGGAUACAAGAAUUACAUGGAUUGCCAAAAGGCGUUAUUAUCAGGAAGAAGUAAUAUUUAUUUUUAGUCCUUUUUAAUUAGAAAACUUGUUUUUGUCCUGAAAAGAAGGAUCUGCAGAUAUGGUAUAUUUGGGCUUUUUGUCUAGUUUUUCCUUGUGGGAGCUCAGAAAGUAAAGGGGCAAAUGUGAUCAACCUUGAAGAAGUCUGAAUUUGGGGUCUCUCUGCUUAUCUCAUCAUUUCCCAGGCAGCAACACUGCAAUCACUUGCCACUAAGAACAUCUAAAGAGCCACACUGGAGCAGCAGCAUCAUGAGAAGGUGUCCAGCAUACUGUCUGCACAAGAAGACUCUAAAUGGAGCUUUGUUGCUUUUAUGCCCAUUGUUUCUCGAUUGAAAUGGCAAUGUCAUGUUCUGAUUUGCUUAUAUACUGAAGCAGGAGAGUGGGGGAGAAAUCAUGGUGACAAAACUCAUUGUUCAACGUCUCUGUGAUUUCAAGGAUUCCAUUUCUCUGAUAGCCAAACACAAACCCAGGUUCUUACAGUCCAUGGCUUUUUUGGUGGAAAGAAAUGGGUAUGUGCUCCACAUUUGAUUGCUAAAGACUUGUCAUGGUGCCAUGAUGUAGCCGUAAGCAAAGGCAGCUGAAUGGACUGCAUUACUGCUGGGUCUGGGGCUCUGCUCUUUCUACUUCUGAAGUAAACAGCAGUUUCCCAACUCAUUUUAGAAUUUACAAUACUUAAUCUUAGAAUUCUUGUAAGAGAAAAAUAACAAGCUUAGCUGUCAGUGGGAAGUAAUGGAAAAGGCAGGCAGUCCACAUAUAUAAUCAGCUGAAUUUUGGAAACUCAGAUUUGAAAAAAUUCACGAGCAUCUUUAGGGCUUGGGACAAACAAUCAGUUUGAGCUUUACCUAAUCAAGUGGGCCAUAACUGAAAAGAUCACAUCAAAUGUCUGUCAAGACAUUUGUUUACUAUAGACAUGGGAAUAAAUUUGGGGACCAGAAAGUUUUUCUAACACUUUUUAAAACCAUGCUGAUUUGUGGAAAGAAAUACAAGUGUUUUGAAAUGUUUGUUUUUAAAAUGUCCAUCAAUAAGCCAUGUUAUGUGGACUUUGAGAAUGCUAUGUGCUCCAUCUACUCUGUGUCAGCUUCCUUUCCUUACAAUCUUGGUCUUCUUUCCAUCCAAAUGAAUCCCAGUUUCAUGAAUUAUAUUUUUAGCAUAAUAGCUGUCAAAUACUUUCUGGUAAUAUGUGGCUACUUAGCAUGACACUGUGGUUGGAUCACAGGGGGGGGAGGUAUACACCCUCAUCAGUCCUGAUGGAGGGAGUAUGAAGUGAUCCUGAGAGUAUUCUCCAAAGCACCUGAAGGCAGAAUGAGAAGCAACGGAUGGAAACUAAUCAACCAACCUAGAAAUAAGGAGAAAUUUCCUGACAAUUAGAACAAUUAAUCAGUGAAAUGGUUUGCCUUCAGAAGUUGUGGGUGCUCCAUUACUGGAAGUUUUUAAGAAGAGAUUAUAAGGGCAGGGGGUUGGACUAGGAAACCUCUAAGGUCCCUUCCAUUUGUUAUAGUAGAGGAAUGACAGCAAUGUUUUGAUAAAAUUGUUGAAUCUGUUUUCAGUCUCAAGAAGUAGCAUGUUCCCCCUCAUUGUCUUGCCCCCAAUCCCACCCCCGUCUGGCUCUUCUGUAUGUACUGGCUACACAUGCUAAAUAUGACAGGUAGCCCUACACUUUUAGAGGAUAUCAAGUUUGUGGGGUCAGCUUUGAAUGAAGUAGAUAUCAUAAACAUGGCAUGACCUGGACAGGGAGCACCAAAUACUUGACCUGAAGAAGAAUGUAAUAGACAACAAUAGUAAAGGGACUAUUUUUUUAAUUUUUUUUUUUUUUAAUUUUUUGGCCCUAUGAAGGGUAAUGAAGAAAGAGCAACUCCAUCAGCAAACCAGUUUAGCUUCCUGGUAGGCUCAAUAAUUUCCUGUAUCUAAAUCCAAGUAUUGAAUUCAAUUAAUUUCUGGCUUGAGCUGUAAAUUAAAACAUAUUUUUUGCAUUUAAGUGACUUUAAGAGAUUAAUAUAUAAAUGAACAGAUAAAUCUAACUCUCUUGGAGCCAUGUUUCAUGGCUCACACAAAAUGCCAAAGUAUAUCUGAUUUGAGAUAAUGCAGGGUUGUGUGCAAGUGUAUGCAAUUACAUGUUUUUCAUCUUCUUUCCAAAUAAGGGAUGCAGUGAAGAUAUCUCAGCAGCCUGAUAGAAAGCAGCAAGAAUUCAUAGCUAUUAACAAAAAUAUAGUUCCUUCUCCCAGAUUGCAUGUCUUCGUAUUUUUAUACAUAAGUGGCAUACCUACUCAGAUAUGUUGGUUCCCAUUUCCCAUCAUCUCCAACCAGAAUGACCAGGCUAUCAUGACAACUUAACAACUUAACAAAGAUCUUCUUGUUCUGACCGAAUGAACGAACAGAGACAAGCAGUUCUUAUUAACAUUUGUGAAAUAUGAGAGAUGUUAUGUACGCUUCAAUUAUCUUUUAAAAGGCAGAGGAUAGGGGAAAGAUAUGCUUGCUGAAGAGAAAGGUUUAUAUUUUCAUCACAUUAGCAAAAAUAAUGGAGGGGGGGAAAAAACCAAGAGACAAACCACCUGAGCACUUGAUCUCAAAAUGCAGACAUUGUUGCCAUUUUCAACUCUGUUUUUUCUUGAAUUUUGCAUUAUGUAUAGCAUUACCUGCACUUUCAUUAAUAAAGCUCACAAAAUGUCCCCCGAUUGUGAGUAAUGAAACAUUCUGGGCCCAGAAGCUGUGAAACCCUUCAGAUGUGUUAGUUUGUACAGAAAGUAUAAACUUGGCUGAUGUGUGAGCUGGACUCCACAUAGUAUGCCUAAAACCCUUCAAUGGAAUCAUUUUCCAACCUGUCUCCCAACUGCUUACAAUUAUAGCUAUUUCACAGUGAGUAAUAUGGUUGUGAUUGUUCUGAUCACUGAAGCCAGAUUUCUUAUUUUAGAUUUUCUAUUCCCGGGAUCAUUUUGGCUCUAAAACCUGAGAUAAGAAAAAGGUUGCUCUAACUACUGACCAGAGUAUAGAAUUUUAUAUGUACGUCUUUUUA